ACAACACUGGUUUUUUGACGUUUUCCGACAAUCACAAAAAUUUGCAAUAUUUUGGUGUUGGCGUGUUGAUGAAUGUGAAUUUUUCUCAAAUUUCAACCUGUAGCCCGUUAAUAAACGUUUAAAUCGAACCAAUUUCGCAUAGCGCCUACAAACCUCUGUGUACCACCGUCAGCUUUUUUCAAUAGUGCUAGUGUACAAGAAAUGGUAUUCUAUUUCACCAGCAAUGUUGUUCAGCCGCCGGUGACCCUCUUUAUGGGAAUCGACAAAUACGAAAACGAGGAACUCAUCAAAUGGGGUUGGCCAGAGGACGUUUGGUUUCACGUGGACAAAGUUUCUUCGGCGCACGUGUACUUAAGAUUGCAACCGGGUCAAACCCUCGAUGACAUCCCGUCGACCGUUUUGGAGGAUGCCUGCCAGCUGGUCAAGGCCAACAGUAUUAAUGGCAACAAGAUGAACAACAUCGACAUCGUUUACACCAUGUGGGAAAAUCUCAAAAAGACUCCGGCCAUGGAAGUUGGUCAGGUUUCGUUCCACAAAGAUAAGGAGGUGCGGAAGAUGCGCGUCGAGAAACGUGUCAAUGAGAUAAUGAACCGACUCAACAAAACCAAACGGGAGGAACAUCCGGACUUCCGAGCGGUACGGGAGAAACGUGAUGCUGAUGAGCGAGCAGAUAAGAAGCGGGUGGCUCGUGAAAUACGUGAGAAGGAAAAGGAUGAGGAGAAACGUAAAAAGGAAGAGGCAGAUUUGUGGAGCUAUAACUCGCUGAUGAAGUCGGAGAACAUGUCCAGCAACUACGACGCAGGGAAUGAUUCGGAUGAGUUCAUGUAAAAUCGGUGGAAUAAAAUAUGCAUAU